UUGUGUUUGUGGUUGUGUUUCUCUCUCUAAAACAUGCUAUCAUUCUCUCUCUAAACCUCUCCCAGCCGUCUUAAAUUAAACUAUCUUGCCCAGGCAGUGAAUUGGGUUCAGCACUCUCUCUCUUCCCUGCAUCAACACACACAUUAUAUUUGAAAGUGUGUGAUAAUGGCGACCGCGACAACUGCUUCACUUUUUGCUUCAUCCACGCAAGUACUGUGUGCUGCUACUUCUGUGUCCGGUGCCAAUUCCAGUUCCUCUUCUUCAAUUACAUACACUAGUAAUUAUAUGGGUGCUCAACUGCCAAGAUAUUCUUCGAAAAAGAGGAAAUCGAUUAAGGUUACCGGAAAAGUAAAGGCCGCGGCUGCUGCUGCUGUUGCAACAUCUCCCAUGCAGGAAAUCAAAGAGUUUUCACUUCCUACAUGGGCUGAGUUUGACCUAGGAAGAGCUCCUGUGUACUGGAAAACUAUGAAUGGUCUUCCUCCUACUUCUGGAGAGAGGCUGAAGCUUUUCUAUAAUCCAGCUGCAGCCAAACUUCUUCCAAAUGAAGAUUUCGGAAUUGCUUUCAAUGGAGGUUUUAAUCAGCCCAUCAUGUGUGGCGGCGAGCCUAGGGCAAUGCUCAUGAAAAAACGAGGCAAAGCUGAUCCACCCAUUUAUACAAUCCAGAUCUGUAUUCCCAAGCAUGCUCUGAAUUUGAUCUUUUCAUUCACAAAUGGCGGUGAGUGGGAUGGUCCCUAUAGACUGCAGUUUCAAGUACCAAAGCCUUUGCAGAACAAACCAAUUGACUUCAUCAAUGAGGGUCUGGCUAAGGAAUUGAGUAAGGACGGUGCAUGUGAGAAAGCAAUCUAUCCAGACACAAACAUUGUCGUCGAUAGAUGUGCUAUAAUGGGCAAUUUAACUCUUGAAGGAGGCGAUCGCUGCAAUCUUGAUUUUGUGGUUGGAUGCACCGAUCCAAGCUCGCCUUUAUACAACCCACUGGCUAAUGUAGAUGAUGGAUCAUGCCCAAUUUACGUAGAUUCAGAGGAAUAACUUCACCACAUCCUUAUCCUUCAACCUUCUAUGUGAAAUUCUUGGUGAACAGACAUAGUCAUCAUCUUAUUUACAGUGUUAGUAAGGCAGUGCCUUGUUAUCCCGGAAGAUUGCCGGAGUUGCUUGCUUGCUAGCUGUUGUACAAUUUUAUCGUACUUAUAGUUGCAGAUAUGAUAUCAGUUUUUCAUCGUCA